UCUUUUACCUUAAAUUCUGAUCAGCCGCCUGGCUUUGAAAAAAAUAUCAAAUUUUAAACAUAAUAUAAAAAUUUGUAGGUUUUCUUUCGAAUUUUUAUGAAUAUAGGAUUUUAAAGCGACCAUGAACACCAUAUUUCGAUCGGUUUUGAAUUAUUUAAGAGGCAAUAUUAUUAGGAGCUACCUGGUUGUCCUGCCCGAUCAUGGCCGUAUACAAAAACAACUGAAACUCGAUGAUUUGAGGCACGAAAUUGGCCUGAUGGACAGCCAUUACCUUCAGCUUUCAAAGGAACAGAAACGUGUGGAACAUAUGCUCACUGACCUAACCCGGUGCAUCCGUGGCCUUGAAUUUGAUGUGAAACUAAAGCGGGCCAAGAGGAAAGCCAAGGAAAACACUAAAUCAAAGCCCAAUGCCCCGUCAAGCGAUAAGAAACCACCCAAAGUCGGUGAUUUCAGGGAAAGCAAAAUCCCCCCGAGGGCUUCCCCCUGAACA